GCGUCAGGCGGCGUCGGUGGCGGCGUCCGCCUCCAUUUUGCCGGAAGGCGGCGGGCGGGCGGCUGGGGGCGGUGGGGAUGGUCCUCGGGCUAGGCGCGGAGCCCAGCGGUCUGGGGACCGUGUGGACGCCCCCGCUUCCGCCGGCCGGGUGGGAGCUCCAUCUACGCGGGUCCCCCUCUCCGCCGGCCCGGUGGGAGCGCCGUCCACGCGGGCCCCUCCCUCACCCGGCCCGGUGGGAGCCCGGUCCACGCGAGCCCCGCUCCCUCGGCCCGGUGGGGCCCCGUCCACGCGGACUCCCUCCCUGCGCGAUGGGCUGAGCCCGUGCGGGCCCGCGUUGAGGGUCGUGAGGAUGCAGACGUAUUGGCAGGAAUUGUGUAGACGGGGACCCGGGGAGGGUCCGGCCUGCUAGGGACUUGGUUGGCUGCUCAGUCGGGUCGGUGGACUUUCCCGCGGAAGCAGAGCGCUCUGCUGGAGCUUCCCGUCCACGCCUGGGCGAGGCUGUGGGCCUUUAGCAGAACCGUGCGAGUUUGCGGAGUCCACGCGGGGAACCCGUUACUCAACCCUGCCCUUCAGCUCAGCCCCCUCCGACCCUCUGGUCUUGUGAGAGCGGCGCGGAGCACGAAGACAUGUACCUUCCAGCACAUUCUAAGGUGGAUGCUGCAGCGUCCGGAGCCAGAGGCGCUGCGCCGGCCACCCCAGGAUUGAUCCGCACCGCCAGCUUGGUGCCCCCGUUCCCGCUCCCUGCUGCCCCGGGCGUGCUUGGAGCCCUCCAAGUGGCGUCCGCUAGUGUCUGUCCUGCGUGCGGCCCGUGUCCCCGAGCACACUGUCACCAGGCGAUGGCCCGUCGUCCACCUGCCAUGUGCUCUCAGGCCGUCACCACGGGCGUGCGGGGCUCGCCCGGGCCGCCGACUCCAUCUCCCGCGGGCGUGUGGGCGCGGCGGAGUGCUGGGUCAUAGGGUGCUUGUGCUUUGAGGCUGCGGAGCGGGGUGCAGCGGCCGACGUCCCCCCAGCAGCGCGGCGCGUCGUGCGACCGUGGGCCGGGCUUAGCGAGGAGAACGCUUGUCCCGAAAUGGUGUCUUCGGUGUCUUCGUAGGAAGGGUCUGGAUGUUGGGGAAGACUCCUGGGAGGGGAGGAAUCUGUGGACACGCACCGACGCGGAAGUGUUUCUAUGAAUUUAGAACACUGUAAAACUGUAUUCAAAUCUAAGACUUAAAAUAACCCGCUUCAUGCCUGAGCUGAGAAAGGAGGCCACUGACGCGCUUUCUCUGAGCCAGAGGGGCUGCCGGUGGGCAGGCUGGCCUGCCUGGCCAGUGCGCGGGGAGGGUGUCGGGGGAGGGCAGGAAGGACUGGAGGGGUCGCCUGGGGUGGGGGGGCAAGAGAAGCUGGAAAUCUGGACUUUUUUAUGUGAACCCUGUGAACUUUGAUAAAGUUGGCAACUAAUUAAAAAGUUUGAAACCCUGCGAGGAUCCAAGAGAUGGUGCCUGUGGGCCCCUGCCUUGACCGCUGCUGUGUUCUUGGCGGUGUGUGUAUCAAAGGAAAACAUUUGCGAUCUUGCGGGAGAAGUGGAAAGCCAGAUCUGAACCUGGUGUACCGACCACACACCAACAUUUUUGUCUUGUUUUUAUAUCCUUAUGCUCAAGAAUGAUACUUAAAAAAUAACGAUAUUUUGUUUACUUCGAAAUUAACUGGGGCUUGAGUCAUACUGGUCAGGAACCCAAGCUCUGGGUGGAGACCCGGGCUGCCAUGUGCUCUCCAUCACAAGCCCGGGGAGUGUGGUUCUGAUUGUAGGGGACGAGGAUUGCUCACCGUAGGGCGGCAUCGUGUGUGUAACCCUCCUCGUGUCAAGGACCUGAACUGUGUCUGUGAGGUCACUUUAGGGUGUGCUGUUGAGAAAACUUAUUACAGUUAGCGUUGGAGAGGCAGGAGUUCAGUUUUGUGCACUUACACUCCUUAGUGCUCAGCAAGGUUUUGAAAUUUUGGGGAGCACAGCUGGCUGUAGGGAGGGUCCCUUCCAUGCUGCUGCUUUUGGUUGAAGUGACUCGUGGCCCCAUGGAGCUCACCCAAUGAAAGCAGAGGCCCUUGCUUGGUGAGAUAGCCAAACCCUGAGAAAUCACCAAAGUUCUAUUUUAUUUCAAGUACAAUUUUAUUUAUUAUUUUUAAAAGGUUUUGUUUUUUUAAGUACUCUCUAAACUCACCAUGGGGCUCAAACUCAAAAUCCCAAGAUCAAGAGUUGCGUGCUCCACCGAUGGACCCAGCCAGGUGCCCCUUGAGUGCCAUUUUCAAGUAGACUUUCAUGCAUGUUUGAAAGGGCUGUUUCCAAAGCUUAGAUCUAGAGCAUAAAAGCUGUAUUUUAGAAAUGGACAGGAUGUCUCUGUCAGCGAAUUCAUCAUUGAAGCUUUCCUGGUUAAAGGGUCUGAAGACAGCCAUUGGGUCCCUGGCAGUCCUGCCCCAGGACGGUGUGGCCCAGGACAUGGCUCUCCCACCAUCAGCAUCUCGAGCCAGAACGGUGCAUGUGUGACGGAGGACGAGCCUACACACGUCACAACUACCCUGUGGCUUGGGACCCUGGCGGAGUGACACUCCUGAUUCUGGCGUCGUCUUCAGCUGAGCCAUGGCAACCCCGGAUGUGAGUGUCCACAUGGAGGAGGUGGUGGUGGUCACAACGCCGGACACCGCAGUGGACGGGAGCGGCGUGGAGGAGGUGAAGACUGUGCUGGUGACGACCAACCUGGCUCCUCACGGGGGCGAGCUAGCGGAGGACAGCAUGGAGACGGAGAACGCGGCAGCGGCUGCGGCGGCUGCAUUCACAGCGUCCUCGCAGCUCAAGGAGGCCGUGUUAGAAGUGAAGGUGGCUGAAGAAGAGGAGAGCCUGGAGGCUGAAAUCGUGUACCCCAUUACCUGUGGAGAUAGCAGAGCCAACCUGAUUUGGAGGAAGUUUGUGUGCCCGGGCAUCAAUGUGAAGUGUGUUCAGGUUUUGAGUAAUGUCAGCAGACAGAGUUUCCAGAAAGAAGCAGCUCAAUGUACAGCAAGCAGGAGCACUGAGCACGGGAAGAGGCCGAGCACCGAAUACGAUGAGCAUGUGAUCAGCCCGAAGGAGUUUGUGCACCUGGCUGGCAAGUCCACCCUGAAGGACUGGAAGAGGGCCAUCCGCAUGAAUGGCAUCAUGCUCAGGAAGAUCAUGGACUCUGGGGAGCUGGACUUCUAUCAGCACGACAAGGUCUGCUCCAACACCUGCCGCAGCACCAAGAUCGACCUGUCGGGCGCCCGCGUGUCCCUGAGCAGCCCCACCUCGGCUGAGUACAUCCCGCUCACGCCUGCCACGGCCGACGUGAACGGGUCUCCUGCUACCAUCACCAUAGAGACCUGUGAGGAUCCCGGUGACUGGACCACGGCCAUCGGAGAUGACACGUUUUCCUUCUGGCGAGGGCUCAAGGACGCGGGUCUGCUGGACGAGGUCAUACAGGAGUUCCACCAGGAGCUAAUGGAGACCAUGAAAGGCCUGCAGCAGCGGGUCCAGGACCCCCCCCUGCAGCUCCGAGACGCCGCCCUCCUCAACAACAUGGUGCAGAACUUCGGCAUGCUGGACCUGGUGAAGAAGGUGCUGGCCGGCCACAAGUGCCAGAUGGACCGCUCGCGGGAGCAGUAUGCCAGGGACCUGGCGGCCCUGGAGCAGCAGUGUGACGAGCACCGCCGUCGGGCCAAGGAACUCAAGCACAAGUCUCAGCAUCUCAGCAACGUGCUCAUGACGCUGACCCCUGUCUCCUUGCCGCCCCCCACGAAGCGGCCCCGGCUGGCGAGGGCCACGUCCGGGCCGGCUGCCAUUGCCUCUCAGGUGCUCACCCAGUCCGCCCAGAUCGCCCUCAGCCCCGGCGUGCCUGUCUCCCAGCUGACCGGCGUGCCACUCGGCAAAGUGGUGUCCACCCUGCCCUCCCCUGUGCUGGGCAAGGGCCCCCCCCAGGCUGCUCCUGCCAGCUCCCCCGCCUCGCCACUGCUAGGGGGCUACACGGUGCUGGCCUCGUCGGGCGCCACCUUCCCGAGCACAGUGGAGAUCCACCCGGACGCGUCCAGCCUCACGGUCCUGAGCACGGCCGCCAUGCAGGACGGCAGCACCGUGGUCAAGGUGGUGAGCCCCCUGCAGCUCCUCACCUUGCCGGGCCUGGGCCCCACCCUGCAGAACGUGGCCCAGGUGUCACCUGGGGGCAGCACCAUCGUGACAGUGCCCACGGGGGCUGUCGAGAGUGCCGUGGCCGCCUCGGGGCCUGAGGAGCACACGGCCACCAUCGAGGUGGCCGCCAUGGCGGAGGGCCAUGAGCACAAGUAGACGCUGGUGGGGGGGGCGAGGCCCCUCGCGGGCACAGGGCUGGCCGCCUCUCCUCAAGCCGUGGCCGGGCGGGAGCGUGGCACCGGCGCCCCGCGGGUCACUUGGGCUGAACCAAAGAGAGGAAACACCAAAACAGACGAGGAGCCAAAGGGAUCGCGGAUGACCGACCUGUGCAGCCAGCCUCGCGCUCGCACUUCCUCCCCCUUCUUUCUUAGGAAAUACAUUUUUCCAUCUGUUGCUUAUU